AUGCUGAACACGGUACAGUCUUUUAUCCCCGUCACCCUCUCGACCUGCCCCUUACCUGCACCGCCCACACCGCCCCCACGUCCCGGGCCAAGACUACACGAACUGCUGGUUUAUCACUGCCCGCUCCGGCCGCUCUCAGGCGCAGCGGUCGCCUCUCUGCCUCUCAGUGCACACCUCUUCACCUGCUGUCACUCCAUCCUCCUCCCCACUGCUCCACACUCAACCGGGGGGGAGGGUUGGGGGGUGGAGGGGUGUGACAUGUUCAAUGGGGCUGCACUGAUCCCCGCUGAACACUGGAGAGGUGACCGCCAUAGCCCGCUGUCGUGCAACAAUCCCAGCCGCCCAUCCAUCCAUCUGCGCGCUCACCCGUGUCUCUAA